UUAGGGGGUAAAGGGGGGAAAAUCGCGCGUAUGCAUGUGCGACGUCGACGGCUGUCAGUGAAGCCUAAUAAGUCCGUAAAUUGGAGCAGGCUAUAGGGCCUUCUAUCUGAGAAUUGCACGGUUGGCUCUCUUGUCUCAUUGUCAGUGUGACUCACUUGCUUCGUGCGCGAGUUUUCUCUCGCAGUUCUCGAAUUUUUAACAUUUCCUUUUUAUUAAUUUCUCGCACUUCCUACGCGUUUCCUGUAUCCGGCGUAUUCUUCAAUACACGCAGCGUAUUACACAUCUCUGUUUCCUUAAUCUGGAAAGAUGGGUAGAAGCUUUUAGCUGAAAUUGUGCUGCGAUUUCAUGAAUAAAAAGAAACACAACAGAUAUUCUAUAAGUCUGUCACGAGGAGAUUGGAUCAUCGCAAAAAGAACGAGAUUAGACAUGGUGAAGCGAGACAAUCAGCUGUCAAUCAACUCUUUCAUUUUCUCGGAAAUGGGAUUGCCUGUUUAACGCGCGAAGAAGCGGAAGGUCAUAAAGCGUUAAUGUAUUGUGAGGAAAUAUCGACCGAUUGCACCGACGCGAGUGCAUAAUCCGUAAAAUCGAGACGCGAUCGAGCGAAGAGCGCAAAAAUGGCGAGCCAAAUCGCGAAGAAGGAACUUCUGGAGGAGACUUUACAUCACAAUCCGGAAGGUAGCGAGGAGGAAGUGGAUAAGGAAUGGGAAGAAUUUACGAGACUAAUGGCGAAAUUGAAGGAAAAACGCCGAAAUCGGCCACACAGACCCUCGCAAGCGUUCUACCCAUGUCCUCCGCCAAAUGCGGACGAGGAACAGCAGGAGUUCGAUCCUUUCGACUAUAUAAAUACGAUUAUGUAUGGUCGCUAUACGAAGGAUCUGGGUGAAUACGCGAAGGAAGAGGCGCGCAGACUCAAGUACCAUGAGAAAGCGAGACGGAAGUAUGACACGACGAGGGCUGAGGACCUGCGAAAGUCCCGGGGUCCUCUGUGCCGGAAAUUGUUAGCUCUGCUGGCCUUCGUCUGGAAACACACCGGCGCACGGCUCGGCGAGGAUUGGGUCUUCCUGGCCCUCCUCGGGAUCAUUAUGGCGCUUAUCAGCUAUGCCAUGGACCGUGGCAUCUCCAUGUGUAAUAACGCCAGGAUAUGGCUCUAUCAAGAUCUCACGACGCAUCCGGCUCUCAAGUACCUGGCCUGGGUGUCUAUGCCCGUGUGUCUCAUUCUCUUCAGUGCUGGUUUCGUGCACAUCGUCGCGCCGCAAAGUAUUGGCUCCGGGAUCCCGGAAAUGAAGACCAUCCUACGCGGAGUGGCGUUGAAGGAGUACCUGACCUUUCGUACCUUAAUCGCCAAGGUUAUCGGUUUAACGGCGACCUUGGGCUCGGGGCUGCCGCUUGGCAAGGAGGGUCCGUUUGUGCACAUCGCCAGCAUCGUCGCGACGCUCCUCUCGAAAUUGGUCACGAGCUUCCAAGGUAUCUACGAAAACGAGAGCAGGAAUUGCGAGAUGCUGGCCGCGGCCUGCGCUGUGGGAGUCGCCUCCUGCUUCGCCGCGCCGAUCGGUGGCGUACUCUUCAGCAUCGAGGUCACCACGGUGUACUUCGCGGUGAGGAAUUACUGGCGCGGCUUCUUCGCCGCGGUUUGCGGCGCCACGAUGUUUCGCCUGUUGGCGAUCUGGUUCCAGCGCGAGGAGACCAUCACAGCGAUGUUCGCCACCAGCUUCACCAUGGACUUUCCCUUCGAUCCGCAAGAGCUCUUCGUCUUCGCUCUGAUCGGCGUCGGCAGCGGGCUGCUGGGCGCCUUCUACGUUUGGCUGCACAGGCAAUACGUUAUCUUUAUGCGGAAGAACAAGAGCAUGAACAGUUUUCUACAAAAGAAUCGCUUUUUGUAUCCUGGCAUCGUGUCGCUCCUGGUCUCGUCUGUAUCAUUUCCGCUAGGACUCGGCCAAUUCAUGGCCGGCGAUCAAAACACACACGAUCAAGUUUACGGGCUUUUCACUAAUUUCACUUGGACACAGGAGAAUCUUGGCGUUGAGGAGAUGAAUAUUGUCAAGCACUGGUCAACGCCGUAUACUGAUGUCUUCAGCGGACUCCUCAGUUUUGUUUUAGUUACUUUCAUCUUUUCUAUCAUAAGCUCAACGGUGCCGGUACCAUCUGGAAUCUUCAUUCCCGUGUUCAAAAUCGGUGCCGCACUAGGUAGAGCAGUCGGUGAAGCAAUGGCACUCUGGUUUCCUACUGGUGUGCGCUAUGGCGGGAUAAUUACACCUAUUAUACCAGGUGGUUAUGCUACAGUUGGCGCAGCUGCGUUUUCCGGCGCGGUAACGCAUACGAUAUCCGUCAGUGUCAUUAUCUUCGAGAUGACCGGUCAGAUCACUCACAUUGUGCCCAUAAUGAUAGCGGUGUUGAUUAGCAAUGCUAUCGCCGCGCUUCUACAGCCUAGUAUAUACGACAGCAUUAUUCUUAUCAAGAAGUUGCCUUACUUGCCCGAUUUGCUACCAUCCAGUUCAGGAAUGUAUAAUGUCUAUGUGGAGGAUUUUAUGGUUCGUGACGUGAAGUACAUAUGGCACGGUAUCAGCUAUCAAAAAUUAAAGGAUAUACUGAAGGAGAAUCGCAAGCUUCGCGGAUUUCCGUUAGUGGAUAAUCCUGACUCCAUGAUAUUGCUUGGAUCUAUUCAGAGAUUACAGUUAAUCAAACUUAUCGAGAAGCAUAUCGGUCGCGAAAGAAGGUUACAGGUCGCGCAAAAAUGGCACAAGGAGGCAGAGGAAAGGGCGCGCGAAGAAAUGGAACGACAAUUGCGGGAGCAAGAGAGAACGAGAAGGCCUUCGAGAUUUGAGGUCAUUCCGGCACCGGACAUUCUCAAGAUGCAGCGACAGAGUGUUAAUGAUCUAACGAUGUUAUCAAACAACGGCGGCGGUCCUGAUCAUCAUACGUACCAUUCACCGAUAUUCGGCUCGCAACCGAAAAAAUCAAUUUUGAAGAAGACGAAUUCGUUCACCCUAAAAGGAUUCAGCCCGUUGGUCAGUCCAGCUGUGACACCCUAUACGACCGUUACAGGCGCGGAAAGCAGGAUACGUUUGGCAUUCGAGGCGAUCUUCCGUAAAUCCGCCACGUUGCAAGAUGUGGAUCCCGAUCCAGAGCUAGGAAGUGGUACCAGACGUAGCGAUAGUCAGGAAGUUAUUAAUGUGCCGCCACAUACGCCUAUGUUGGCUCCAAGCCCAGCAACAUCGAAGAAAGUACAAUUGCCUCGAGAAAGAGUGAUAGACAUGUCGGCCGAGGAUCAAAAACGAUGGGAGGAGAGCGAGAUGGCACUCGAGGUGGAUUUCUCAAGAUGUCACAUUGAUCCAGCUCCUUUCCAAUUAGUUGAGAGAACGUCCCUGCUGAAAGUUCACAGUCUCUUCAGCAUGGUCGGCGUCAAUCACGCUUAUGUAACAGCUAUUGGCAGAUUGGUCGGCGUUGUCGCAUUAAAGGAGUUGAGGAAGGCCAUUGAAGACGCAAACGCCGGGAUUCUGCCGAUGCAUUCCGAGUCACAUAUUGCCGAGUCGAUCUCCAGCCUGGCAAAGAGCGAGACGGAUACAGAGAGUAAUAAAAACAUCAGCGCGAUGAACUCCAUAAAUUCCGUAGAUUGCGAGAAAGUGGAUAAAGUUUAAAAGGGCUGAACCAAGAUAAGUGAAAAUUUUGUGAUAGCCACAUCGAUACGAUGUGACCUGAAUAAUACGAGAACUGUUUGUUUCUAUUCUCUUCCUUUUAUGAUUAAUUCGCGCGAAUUCGAGCGAUCCAAAGUUACACGAAAUCGUAUAAUGAUAUUAAAUCUUAAAUAUUUCUCUCUCGUACUUAAAUCUAAGGUAAAUAAAAUAUCGAGAAAGUUUUAAGAAAAGACGCGAGUAUGCGAAAUAGUAUUAAACACGUUGUCAUUGUAUUUUGAAAUUUUUUUAUUUUAUUCUAACAUAAUAACGAAUUAUAUUAACUAAGUGACAUAAUUGCAGAGCAUGUUGUUUGCGUUCGCGAUUAUAGUAAAUUAUUUUUAUCGAAUAAAUUCAAGAUUCAAUUUCUCGAUAAAUGAUUUACGUAUGAAGAAAUAUCGUGGAGAGAGAACUUAUAUUUUUUCUUAUAUCUGAGUAAUUAAGAUAAUAUGCGCGUCCUACACAUAUCCAUACAUGAUAUGUGAAAACGCGCACGAAAUCGGUCACUCUAUUUAUAUAUGAUAGUAGUGCUCGAAAUAUUUGCUGAAUUGUAAUCGACACAGCAAAUAAAUCGCACAUUUUGUCAAACGCCAGUUACAGUAGAGCAUAUUCGGACUCGUCAAAUUUUAUAAUGAAAUUUUAUAAAUCUAUUAUUAUGUAAGAUAAGUUUCUUUUCCUUUUCUAAACGCAAGAGUCUCGGCAGAGCGAAAGUGACUUGAAGUGCCAAACGCAUCGCGACACUGCACUUUCCUUCGGGACACGAAAUGCAUAAUUUAUAUUGCGAAGCGAUAAUUUUAUAUAUUAAAUCAUUCAGGGAUUGUAUGCCAAUGCUCCCUUAGUUAGAAAUUAUCUGACCAUGGUUGUGCCAGACUAUUAUUUAUUAAUGUAAUUGUUAAUUAAUGUUAUUUAAGAUAAAAUCAUUGUGUUAUAGAUCAAACUUGCGAGAAAAUAUUAAAACACAAUUCUUUUUUAAUUUCUAUACGAUACUUACAUAAUGUGGAAGCAAUCGAGAAGAGUAUUUCAACUAUCUAUUGGAUUUAUUUUAAGAAUAAUUCUUUAACUUGCAUUUAUUCUUAUAAGAUACAACUAUUCAACUCUUUUGUGGAAAUCAAUGAAAUUUAUUUCUUAUUAAAAAUCUAAUUAGCAUGUGAAAAUUUGUAGGAUUAUAGAUCCUACAAAUUUUUAUGGAAUUUGCAAGGAUUAUAUCCUAAAAAGCAUUCAAACUUCAGCAUGUCUUGUACAUAUAUCAAAAUGAAUAUUUUCAUAACUCGCUUAGAUUAUAAAUAUGAGAUUAGAUAAAAUAUUAUGUAUGUCGCAGAGUUAUCAUUCUAGUAAUUUUACAUAGAGACAAUGUGUCAUUUUAUCGAUAUUUGUUAUUAUUACAGCUAGACUCAACUUUGGCAAUAUUUAAUGCAUGUUUUACAUUCCAAUGGACAAAAUUCUCAUUAGAUGAUACAUUAUGUCGCAUCAUCGCGAUGAUACCGUUUGCCAUUGUAAAUAUACUAUGCGCAUCAUGAAAAGACAUUAAAUAAUUUAUUAUAUAUAUGUUUGACGAUAUUAUGUAUAUAUUGAUUCCAUUUUUUUAAAUAUUAAAACAAAAGAAGAAGUGUUCUUGCAAAAUGUA